AUGCCCGGCAAACAGUCAGAUGAGGAGCAAUUGGAGGUGGGGGCUGCUGAGAACAGAGCUGAUGAGGACCUGGGGGGCCUCACAGCAGAGGAGCUGCGGCAAGGCCAGGAGGCUGCCCUGGCACUGGAAGACAUGAUGGCACUGAGUGCCCAGACCCUGGUCCGAGCCGAGGUAGACGAGCUCUAUCAGCAAGUACGACCCCUGGGCCAGGGCCGUUUCGGCCAGGUCCUGCUGGUCACCCACCGUCAGAAAGGCACACCCCUGGCACUGAAGCAGCUCCCGAAGCCGUCAACUUCCCUCCGUGGCUUCCUGUACGAGUUCUGUGUGGGCCUCACGCUGGGCGCACACCCCGCUGUUGUGACGACAUACGGCAUUGGCAUCGAGUCCACCGACUCCUACAGCUUCCUGACAGAGCCCAUCCUACACGGGGACCUCAUCUCCCUCAUCCAGCCCAAGGUGGGCCUCCCGCAGCCAGCGGCCCAGCGCUGUGCAGCCCAGCUGGCCUCAGCCCUGGAGCACAUUCAUUCACACGGCCUGGUGUACCGGGACCUCAAGCCUGAGAACGUGCUGGUGUGCGACCCGGCCUGCUGGCGGGUCAAGCUGACCGACUUUGGCCACACGCGGCCUCGUGGGACCCUGCUCCGCCUGACCGGACCGCCUAUCCCCUACACAGCCCCCGAGCUCUGCAGCCCCCCUCCCCUCCCUGAGGGCCUGCCCAUCCAGCCUUCCCUGGAUGCGUGGGCACUGGGGGUCCUGCUAUUCUGCCUUCUCACGGGCUAUUUCCCCUGGGACCAGCCCAUGGCAGAGACUGACCCUUUCUAUGAGGACUUCCUCCUCUGGCAGGCCUCAGGCCAGCCCCAGGACCGGCCUCAGCCCUGGUUUGGCCUGACACCAGUGGCAGACACCCUUCUGUGGGGGCUGCUGGACCCCCGGCCCCGGGAGAGAAGUCCCGUGAGCUCCAUCCAGAGCUACCUGGGGCGACCCUGGAGGCAGCGGGAGGGAGAGACUGAAGAGGUGGACAAAGGCGACGGGGAGGCCGAAGAGUGA